GAGAGAGAGAGAGAGAGAGAGAGAGAAAUCCGUUUAAAAAAGAAGGGAGGACUGCUGCCGGCCGGCGGAGCUCCAACGAUGGUUUGACCAUAGUGCAUGGGCAGGAAGAAUAACCAAGAAGCAACAGAUUAAAUUUCCGGUCAGGGGCAGAUCCCCUAAAUUUUGACCAAAGAGCUCAGCUCUAUUCCUUUACUAGCCAACAUACACUCCAUACGUACAGGUAUAGCUCCCAUUUUCAAAUUUUUCUUACUUUUUGAUCCCUCCGCCAAUCUUCCACUUCAAACGCUCAACGCUCCUUCAUUAUCAAUCUUAUCUAUCAGCUCUCUCUCUUUCCAAAUUAGAAAAUCGCCAUAUCUAUUUCCAUCAAUUUGCAUUUAAUACUCCAGCAAAUGCUGAUUUUGUAUUCCCUAUUUUGACCUUCCAUCCUCUUCUUCUCCGCCUACUCCUUCCGAUUUCCCCAUGGCCACAUCCGCCUUCAGGUCCACUACCAAGAGAACCCCCAUUGCUAAAUCUUCUUCCGCUUCCACUGAUGACUCCUCUUCCUCCACUACGCCCGCCUCUUCUCACCGCCGCUCCCGUAGUCUCAGCCGUUUCUCCCGCCCUUUGCCUCAUCCUGGGGAUGAAUUCUCCGACGAGGCGCCACUUCCCAGAGGGAAAGGGAGGUUCGUUAAUACUGUUAGAGGAUCCGGGUUUCCGGAUGUUACCCUUGAUGAUCUCGCUGUUCAGUUCUUUGGUUCUGCUGACCGAGGUCCUUCUUCUUCGAGGAUUAAUGAUGUAGGCCCUGGGGAUAAUGUCAGUGUGUCUCAGAGAAGAGGGAGAUCUGUUUCCAGACAUGGUUCCAGAGUUGGCCAAGGGAAGGCUAGUGCUGGAAAUAGCUAUGUUGGGGGACGGGUUAAUUCUGAUAGUAAUUCGAGGAGGCGGCGCUCCGUAUCGGUGGUCCGAUAUCAAAUUAGUGAUUCUGAGAGUGAUUUCGAUCAUCCUCAUAAUUCAGAAAGUCAUACUACUUUGAAGAGUCUCAGUGGUGGAAGCAGCCAGGUGCCAUUGUCAAAUAAGACAGCUACUUCAAAUCACAGACAAGGACUUCGAAGGUCUCUUAGCCAAAGAGAUUUAAAGUGCCAGGAUGGCUAUUCUAGCCACUCAUCAGUGCUAACAGAUGAUGAAGGAAGGGAUUCUCAUCCCAAUUUAAAUGGGAUUGAGAGAACCAUACAAGCAGUGUAUACACAGAAAAAGGCUGAGCAUCCCUCUGGUGAUGAUAUGAGCAGUGGGUUGUAUGAAGCAAUGCGAAAAGAGCUAAGGAAUGCAGUAGAAGAUAUCAGAAUGGAACUCAAACAAGCUAUAAGAAAACCAGAUACCUCCUUAGAAAGUGAUGGCUGCAGGCGAUCCAAAAAUUCUGACGUUCUUCAGGCUAUUUCUAAAAUUAGAAGGAAUUAUGCAACAAAAAUGGAAUUGUCUGAGAAGCGUAAACAAGAUUUGUUGUCAGAAAUAUUGUUGGAGGAGCAGCAUGAAAGAGAACUUUCUAAUGUUAUGACGGAAUUGCUUGAUGAUCCAAAGAAUAGUAUUGUGGAAAAACCAUCACGAGUUAGAAGGAAGAGCAAUGACAGAAGUAGGAUGUCUAAGCGAUUGACUGAGGAGGCAGAGAGAUAUAUUGAAGAUUUCAUUUCAAACGUUGAAGAUACAGAUAUCUCAUCUUUAGAUGGGGAGAGGAGUGAUACAAGUUCAAGUUUAGGAGGAAUUACAAAGAUACAAACUUUCCAAAGUCCACUGCUGUCCAAGUCUAUUCCUGUUGAAAUGGAUGGGGUUGUACUUCCCUGGUUGCAAUGGGAAACUUCUAAUGAUGCUUCUCCUUUUUCGAGCAAGAAAUCAGACACAAUGGCGACUCCAAAAACUAAUUUAUGUGAAGCUGCUCAGGAUGCAACCUGGAUGCAAGAUUUAAGCAACCAUUCCAUCAGUAGCCGUGGGAGUUGGAGCCCUGGACUUCUAGAUGGCCAUUCCUCAAAUAUUGGUGAAGUUUCUGGGAAUAGAUUCAGAGAAAUUCGAAGUUGUUAUAGUCAAUUUUCAUCAGAUGGAACAACAAGAAGGCCACAGCUUGAUGUUGAUGAGUAUCUUAACCGUCAAAGUGAAGAAGCUUUUCUCUUCGAAACAUGGAAUCAACAACAGAGAAUCCAUUCAGGAAGUCUAUUGCUUUGUAACCAAAUGUUCUUUUAGCUGUAAUCCUCAACUGUAGGCCACAAUGAUUAUUCUGUACAAAUGUUUACAUCUAAUCCUCCUAGUCGUUGACAUUAAUCUUGAUUGAAGUAUCAUAAGCUGGGUGUUAGAUAUUUCCUUAUAAUAGUUAUUAUUAUUUUAACUCUUUAAAAAAUUAAA